AUGAGCUCCCACCCAGCUGCAUGCUUGGCUGCGACGCCAUCAUAUGGGAUGGGUAUCGAAAUGGUGCUCCUGGAUUUUAUAAAGGGAAAUGCUGAAGCAAUUAUGAAAACAUCACCCAUAUCCUACAUUAGGGAAGCAAAGCUGUGUGGCACCCUCCUCAAGCCCAACGAUUCAACAGGACUUGUUUGUGGAGUCGAUACCGGAUUCUUUGUUGACCACCAGGAGCCAUUGGAGGUGUUGGAAAAGGUUCGAGAAACCUGGAAAUUGCCACUAGGAGACUUGCCGUACGGCCAUGAAUAUCUUCUUGUUCUACCAGGCAAACGCCGUCGAUAG